AUGGAGGAAGCUACCUUCGACUCUGAUCUAAUCCUUUCCAUCAUGAAGCGUAUUUGGACAUUGCGAACCCUUGAGCGUGAAAAUGUAGCAACCAACGAUGCUUUGGACUCCGAGGUAGGAGCUGGGUCGUCCAAGAAGAAUCGGACAACUUCUGCUAAUGCUAGUGCUCUGAAGCUUACCUGUGAACUUCUCCGGGUCUUUAUCACAGAGGCUAUUCAGCGUGCUGUAGCUAUUGCAGAGACUGAGGGUGAUGGUCAAAUAGAAGCUACUCAUUUAGAGAGUAUUCUUCCUCAAUUACUUUUAGAUUUCUAA